UGGCAGAAAAACGCGGCUUUGCUACAGGAAUUGAUCUCAGAGGAUUCACUUGACGAGGACGAUGAAAGCGUACUUAGUGGAGAAGCAGAAAUAAAUGCUACAAGUCAUGAGUCAAAUUCCGAAAGUGAUAACGAGGAUCAAAACUACAUAAACAUUUCGUUCAAACCUUCGCAGGCUCUGAUUCAGAUGAAUGGCAAUGGGGAGGGCCUAGGCGAACUUACUUCUUCAAUAAUCGAACGCCAAAUUUCAGGUACAGACUGCCAAAAGCCUCACUCAGAUAAAUCCCACAUCGUUCCUGCUCGCAAGGGUUCCGCACAUCUUCACCAGCUGCUUCUAGAAUUACCCUAUGCUCUUGUUCGUGAUCACGUGGUUACGCGAACACGCCGACUUUGUCAACAGCUUUGGCGGCAACUAAAGCAUCUCCCUCGCUUGGCUGAUACCAGCAGGCCCACCUCUUCAUCUGCAAAGGAGCUCUCAUCGCUUACUUACCCUGAUUCUCAUCUUCGUGUCAUUUUCACCAAUCUACAGCGCCGUGCAUCUACGUUUUCGAGUGACACUCCGCGUCCUUUUUCAUCGUUCACUCAGUCUGGGUCUUAUCCCAUGCUCUCAAAUAUUUAUGUCCCUGAGGCAGCAGCCAAACUUGAACUUCAUAGCUCGCUAUCUCAUACUACAGAUGCUCACCUAUUUUCUCAAGAUCGAUUAGAUUCUGCGGGUCGCCUUGAAGCCGAGGCUAGUCCUGUUUGUGGGCAUGAACACCAAUUAUCUUCAGCACAACCAAACGAUUUCAAAACUUCUAUCUUUAUUCUACCCUCUUCGGUAGGCUCUUGGACAAAGGAAGAGCUUAGCUCCGUUAAAUGUCCACAAGAAAGCCCAAAUGAUAGGUCAGCACAAGUCUGCGAUUCCAACCCAACUCAGGUGACAUACUCCAAUUUUAUUGCUAGGCUUCUUUUAGCGACCUAA